GACCUUUGUUUCCCUCCCUCAGCCCCUUUUCCCUCCAUUAAUGGAGGGAAGUUUAUAAAAUCUGUAUUUUUCUCUCUGUUCCUCUCUCUCUCUCUCUCCAAAGUUAAAAAAAUAGCUAUACCACCUUCUAUAUCUGGCGCCAUUUGAAGGAAACCUCUCUUUGGUUCAAACUUCACCUUCUUUUUAGUUUCUCUCUCGCUUAACACAGAAAAAAGCUUCCCCAACAAAGCACACUUACACCCAACUUUCUGUCUUCUUAAGAAGCAACCCAUUUUUUGCUUUGCCAUUUUCAAAAAUGGAAGAAAAGGAGAGCACGAUAUCUGGGUCACCAGGCAACUCUGACACUGACUCGCCACCUGCACCAGUGAGUAGCCUGGUGUUGCCUCAGGUCCUGAACAUGGAUAUGAAUAUGAACAUCAACAUGAGCUUGGAAAGAAGCCUUGAUAUUGCAGCAACAGCAACUGGAGCAGGAGCAACAAUAACUGCAGCAACAGCAGUUCCAGGAUCAGCUGGAGGAACACUAGGGAGUGCUGUAAGUGGAGGUGGGUUUGAUUCUUUAGGAAAGAAAAAAAGAGGGAGACCGAGAAAAUAUGAUGCAGAUGGGAACCUUAGGAUACCAUAUUCAGUAGUGACAACUUCACCUUCUGGCUUCACUUUAUCUCCUCCUUCUCCUGCUGUGUUCUCCUCUUCCAAGAGAGGUAGAGGCAGGCCUCCUGGUUCUGGCAACUGGCAGCUUCUUUCAUCUCUAGGUGAGUUGUUUGCCAACACAGCUGGAGGGGACUUCACACCACAUGUUGUCACAGUUAAUACUGGGGAGGAUGUUGCAGGAAAAAUUCUUUCAUUUUCGCAGAUAGGGCCUCGUGGUAUUUGUAUUUUAUCAGCCAAUGGAGCUGUUUCUAAUGUUACUAUUCGGCAACCUGGUUCGUCUGGUGGGAUUUUAACCUACGAGGGUCGCUUUGAGAUAUUGUCCUUAACUGGUUCAUUUACAGUGAGUGACACUGCUGGUGUAAAAUGUAGAACUGGUGGGUUGAGUGUUUCAUUGGCUGGAUCAGAUGGUCGUGUAAUAGGUGGUGGACUUGCUGGUAUAUUGGUGGCUGCUAGUCCUAUACAAAUUGUGGUAGGAAGCUUCAUGCCAAAUGGUUACAAAGUGCAUAAAAGGAAGCAUUAUCGUGAGCACACGGUGGCUUCCACAGCCAGAGGCGCUGCUGAUCCUUCAACCACAGUAACAGCAGCAACGCCAAUCUCACAAGCAAAGCCUGAUGGUGAGAACCGUUUGACACUAACAUCCCCCUUUCCAGGGGAAAGCCUUGGGGAAGCAGAUAAUAACACAAUUGAUAAGCAUAUACCAAAUGCUACACCCUCUCUUGUAGUUGGUUGGAAUGGCUCACAACCUGCAUCAAUCCAUCGGCCAUCCCCUGAUAUUAACGUGUCUGUGCCAAGUGAAUAGGGUGUCUUAAGGUUUACUUUUUGGAGUCUUGGAGCCUGACGUGAUAAACUCAUUGAAACUAAUUUUAUUCACAUUAUCAUUUGUAACAAUUAGAUCUGGUGAGAAGCAAAAUUUUCUACAAAUAUGUCUGAUCGGCAGAUUGAACUUUUCUUUUUCCUUUUGCUGGAGGCCACAGAGCUAGGUUAUGAGAGCAUGUUUAUUUACAGAAGAGCUGACUAUCAACUUUACUUAAUUCAGACAGAUUC